AUUUUCUUGAAAAAUCAAAUUUUCUAUGAUUUUUCCAACAAUUUUUAAAAAAAAAUAACAAAAAUAUUCCAUAAUUUUCUUUUUUUAAGUUGAUUUUUCAUAAAAUUUCAAAUCAUGUCCUUUAUGUUACGCCGAUUUCUUAAUAGAUCAUUUUUACAACAAAGAUUUUUUACCCAAACUCUUAAGCUAAAGCAAGAAAUGUCCGAUCCUUUGCAAUUAUGCACUGGCCUGCAGAAAAAGGAAAUAGAAGCCUAUAUGGAGGGUAAUUGUGAUCCUUAUCAUAUGAAGGUAUUAAAAAGAGGCAGUGGUACUAAGGAAAAUCCCACCUUAAUACCUUCGGCCUUUAGUGGGCGUAUAGUGGGUUGUAUAUGUAAAGACAAUCGUUUUGUGAAUUAUAUGUGGCUGGAAAAAGAUUGUCCAAAACGUUGUGAAUGUGGUCAUUGGUAUAAAUUGAAGGAAGUUGAGCGAUUUUCUUGAUUAUUUUCUGAUUUCUGUAACGAAUACAAUAUUUUAAACUUACCCAAGUAUUCUUACAGUAUUUUUAUAGAAUUUCUUUAAAAUCUUUUUUAAUAAAUUGUAUAUUUUCCGUUUUAUUAUUUCACCUUAACCUAAAGUCAUAC